AAGUAAAUUAUAAUGAUGAGUGACAAUAUUACUCAGUAUUGGAAGUUGGUAUCACCUUUGUGUUUGCAUUCUGACAUAAUUGUUGUAUUGACAAAAAUCAAAAAUGUUUCUUUUGUUUCAGAUUAUUCAUUUCCUUAUAUUAUCAUCAUAUUGUCUGUGUUAUCUAAUGCUGCCCACUUUGCGUUCAAACUCGAUCAGUCCAUGCGCUUCCUGGUGCUGAGUACGGUGAAGGAGCCGCGCAACCUGCUGAUCCUGUUGGGGCACUGGCUGUUGCACGCCUACGGCAUCGUCUCCAUCACCCAGCUGCGCGACCCCGUGCUGCACGGCUCGCUCCUCGCGCUGGUGCCCCUUCCGGCCGUCUUCUACGUUCUCACCGCGCGCUACACGGACCCCAGCAAGGUGCACGCGGACUGAGCCCGGCCGUGCUCGUUGGCACACGGGACAUCUCUGAAAGAUGAACUGUAUUCCUGAGGCAGUUAAAACAUUGUAAAUACUGGAGCUUGUUAAAUGAAAGAUAGUUCAGAAUACAGCACUUUUUUUAUUUAUUUUUUCUGUAUUUUUUUUUAUUAUUGUAAUUUAGCUAAAACAUUCGCUUAUCGUGGUGAUUUCCUGUUAUUUAAAGUUAUUUAUAGCUACGCUGUUGUUAAGUAGAUACUAAAUUUGUGCAAUAUUGCUUAAGGCCAUGGUCCAUAGUUCUGCAGACUCAAAAAUAUUUUUACCAUAAAUUAUUUAUCAGGAGAGACCUUAACAAGUCACUGUCUCGAACUCGAAAACUAACACAGAUGGUGAUGUUUUGUAGGUGAAACAUUUUUUUAAUCAACAAUGUCCUACUAAAUGAAUGUUAUGGUUUUACUACUUUCUUGUCAAAUGUAUCUUUAAAACAGUGCCUCGUAAAGAAAAAAUUCGAUAAAAAUUGUUACAAAUUUAUUUAUAAACAAAAAUGUCCCUACUAUUUUUUUCAUAUCACUAAUGGUUUAUAUUAUUGGUAAAUUACUACACAAUUUAAUAUGCUACUGUUAUUGCAUUCCUGCUUUAACUCCCAGAUGUUAGGACUCUUCACUUUGAAGCGUCUCGACUCCACAGCUGUCUCUUAUGCCACUUUUGACCACUGUUGCUUAGUAAUUCCUGAACUUGUGAUUGCUUAUGUGCACCGAUGAGACGGAAUAAAACUUUGUAAUGUGGAAGAAGAGGGGAAGAGAGAGCACUAAUGGACUUUGUUGAGGGGUUCAUCAUACUUCCUUCCCCUCCUCUCCCUCCAUUAUACCUUCCUGGCUUUUGUCAUGCAUUGAAAA